AUGCACAAACGGGACCUUGUUGCUGGUCUUCCCAGGGUGCUCCCUCCCCUUCCCGACUCGCCUGCUCCUCCCUGUAUUCCCUGUGUCGAGGGACGGCAGCGCGCCGCUCCUCACUCCUCCUCCUUUCCCCCGACGACUGCUCCCUUGCAGACGCUCCACAUGGACGUGUGGGGCCCAGCCCGCGUCCGUGGUCAGGGUCAGGAGAGGUACUUUCUGAUUGUUGUUGACGACUUCUCACGCUACACCACGGUCUUCCCCUUGCGCGCCAAGGGUGACGUCCCUGAUGUCUUGAUCCCUUGGAUCCGCAGAUCUCGUCUCCAGCUCAGUGAGCGUUUCCACUCCGACUUCCCUGUCCUGCGUCUGCACUCUGACAGAGGUGGGGAGUUUUCCUCUGGCCUAUUGGAGGCCUUCUGUCAGCAGGAGGGCAUUGAGCAGUCGUACACGCUUCCGGCCUCUCCACAGCAGAAUGGGGUUGCUGAGCGCCGCAUUGGUCUGGUCAUGGAGGUCGCUCGUACCUCCUUGAGCCAUGCGGCUGCCCCCCAUUUUCUGUGGCCGUUUGCAGUUCGAUACGCUGCACAUCAGCUCAACCUCUGGCCCCGUGUCUCCUUGCCCGAGACUUCUCCGACACUGCGUUGGACGGGAGAGGCUGGCGAUGCGUCGCGUUUUCGGGUCUGGGGAUCCCGAGCUUUUGUUCGCGACACGUCCGCGGACAAGCUCUCCCGUCGCGCUGUCCCCUGCGUCUUCCUUGGCUUUGUCCCGGACGCCCCUGGCUGGCAGUUCUACCACCCCACCUCGCGUCGUGUCCUGGCCUCUCAGGACGUCACUUUUGACGAGUCCGUCCCCUACUACCGCCUCUUCCCCUACCGCACUGCCCCGCUCCCCCCCCCGCCUCUCUUCCUCGCUCCAGGUGCUGAGGUACCAGACCCCCUCCCCCCUCAGGGUGCCGCUCCCUCAGGUGUGUCCCAGGUAGACCCGGGUGAGCCUGUCGAGGUAGCUGUUGACUCUCGUCCUGCGUCUGGGGGUGCUGAGCCUGGGGGUGCUGCGUCUGGGGGUGCUGAGUCUGGGGGUGCUGAGUCUGGGGGUGCUGAGCCUGGGAGUGCUGAGUCUGGGGGUGCGGAGCCUGGGGGUGCUGAGCCAGGAGGUGCGGAGCCUGGAGGUGCGGAGCCUGGAGGUGCUGAGCCUGGGGGUGCUGAGUCUGGGGGUGCGGAGUCUGGGGGUGCUGAGCCUGCGCGUGCUACACCUGGAGGAGCCCUCUCCUCCCAGCAGCUGCAGGAGAGGUACCUCGAGUACUGCCGCCUCCGGAGAGGUGCUGCUGGAGCUCGUCCCGGUACUUCCCCUCCUACCCAGGAGCUCCCCCCCAUUCAGCAGAUCCGCGAGUGGUACACACGCCGCUGCAGUCUUCGGAGUGGUGCUCCUGGUGCUGCGGACCCUGGGGGUGGCGCUGCUGCUGGUGCUGAGGACCCGGACGUUGGAGCUGCUGCUGGUGCUGCGGACCCGCCUGGUGGAGCUGCUGCUGGUGCUGAGGACUCGGACGUUGGAGCUGCUGCUGGAGCUGAGGACCCGGGCGGUGGCGCUGCUGCUGGUGCUGAGGACCCGGACGGUGGAGCUGCUGCUGGUGCUGAGGACUCGGACGGUGGAGCUGCUGCUGGAGCUGAGGACCCGAGCGGUGGCGCUACUGCUGCUGCUGAGGACCCGGGCGUUGGAGCUACUACUGGUGCUGAGGACCCGGCCGGUGGAGCUGCUGCUGGUGCUGUGGACCCGGACGCUGGAGCUCCUACUGGUACUGAGGACCCGGCCGCUGGAGUCUCCUCUGCUUCUGGAGACGCUGCGCGGCCGCGACCGUACUUCGUAUCGCUCCUUCAGCAGGUUCUUGGGCAGGCUCCUCCUCCUUGUCCUCCUCCCUCCGUAGAGUGUCCCCCGCCUGUCCAGCCGCAGUCACAGUUACCGCCUACCUCGCCUCUCCCUGCUCCCUCUCCUUACACUGGUCCCACAGGAGGUCUUACAGAGCGUCGUGAGCCUGAGUCUCGUCCUGCGUCGCCUCGUGUCCCUCUACCGUCUCCUCCUGCGUCCUCUUUGCCUGACGUUCCGGACCCUGAGUCUGACCGGUAUCGUGCUGAGCACCCUACUGUCACGCGUCUCCUUGCUACUGUUGUCACUGACCCUACCUUUGAGACCUCGGCUGCGUCUGCUCUGGUCGCUGAGUUGGUUGACUUUGCUGCUGCCUGUCGUCUAGACUACGCUGCUAGCCUUGUUGCUGAGUCUGUCUGUCCUCAGUCCGUCGGGGUUGCCCCUGAGGGAGACCCGGAUGCACCAGACAUCCCGACCCCGCGCACUUACGCUGAGGCGAUGGCGGGUCCCUACUCCUCUCAGUGGCAGACAGCCAUGGACGCCGAGAUGGCUUCCUGGAAGUCCACACGCACCUACGUCGACGAGGUUCCCCCUCCUGGGGCGAACAUCGUCAGUGGCAUGUGGAUUUUCAGGGUGAAGCGGCCGCCGGGUUCUCCUCCUGUCUUCAAGGCGCGUUACGUGGCUCGAGGCUUCAGCCAGCGAGAGGGAGUUGACUUCUUCCAGACCUUCUCCCCCACCCCGAAGAUGACCACUCUUCGGGUGCUGCUGCACAUAGCCGCUCACCGCGACUACGAGCUUCACUCACUUGACUUCAGCACUGCUUUCUUGCAGGGCAGCCUGCACGAGGAGAUCUGGCUGCGCCGCCCACCUGGCUUCACUGGGUCGUUUCCUCCUGGUACCCAGUGGAGGCUUCAGCGGCCGGUCUACGGUCUCCGCCAGGCUCCGCGUGAGUGGCACGACACACUGAGGACUACAAUUGCGGCUCUUGGGUUCGCGCCUUCUACAGCUGACCCGUCACUGUUCCUGCGCACCGACACUCGGCCGCCGUUCUACAUCCUCGUGUACGUCGACGACUUGGUCUUUGCCACUGCUGACACUGCAGGACUCGCCUACGUGAAGUCGGAGCUGCAGAGGAGACACACGUGCACAGACCUGGGUGAGCUGACAAGCUAUCUUGGCUUGCGGAUCACCCGGGACAGAGCACGGCGCACCAUCACCGUGACUCAGUCACACAUGGUGCAGCAGGUUCUCCAGCGCUUCCGCUUCACGUACUCCUCGCCUUAG